AACAAGAUGGUAGAAAAUGUGAGGUGGUUGCUAUGAACAUUUGACGCGUUUUUGUACGAUUUUAUCUGAUGUUUUUUUCAUCACCCGACUCUUUGUUAUCAUCGAGAAACAUUGUUUGAUGACUAUGCUCUGACAGGAUGGGUGAAAAGGUGGAUUGUUUAUUUUCUUUGGAGCUUGUCGUCGACAAGCUCUAUCUACCUCAUGUUGUGUGCCGAUUUCCCGCUUUAGCUUUUCGUCUUCUGGAUUUUCCAACGAUUUUAAUAAGUCAUGUGGAACAAGAACUGGGUGAAAGGAUCAAAACAAAGAUAUCUAUGGAUGCAGAUUACUGUGUACCGCCACAAUUUGCUGAGCUGAAAGACAAACAUGGAAACUUCAUGGUGAAGAAGGGAAAGUCGUGUCUGUUCAAGAUCUCCUUGGAGGCAUUGCGUGCCCAUCUGACAAGUACACCACUGUAUGUGAUGGUUGUUGACUCGUACACAGAUGUGCCUAAAUUACUUGGAAACAGCACUGUUCCACUAGAUGCUAUUAUUGAAAACAUAAGUAAGGAUGUUGCCAGUGUGGGAAAUUCCAUUCCUAGUGUGCAUGGUGAUAAAGGAUUAUUUAAAAUCUACAGUUUAAUGGGAAAGGAAAUAGGAUAUGUGAUUCUGGGUUACAGGAUGUUAAGCAUAGGCCCUGCUCUUGUACCCCAUUUAACAGAUCAGUUGAUUUCACAGAAAGACAGCAAGCCACAGCAACUGCCAAAAUUUGAUUCAAGACCUGCUGAAACCUCAGAAAUUCAACAACAACAACUUCCAUCAAGUCAGACUGCAUGGACAUCCACAGAUCAUCUUAAGCAUAAUGACUCAAUAGUGCAGACUGAUCAUGAAUUUACAACUGAAGAUAAAAGCAUUCAUGUUGAUAUGCCAUAUUCUGGAAAUGAGGUGGCUGUACCAGCACAGAAAGCUGUUCAUUCCAUUUCGACUCAGACAUCAAGAAGGUCUGGAAUGAGGCUAGUACAACCUGAAAAAUUGACUCUCAGGGAUAAUACAAAUGAGAAUGAAGACAUAAUCUUCACAAAUAUCUCCUGCCCACCCCCACUGUUCUACACUGGGAACAAAAAUAGAAAGACCAUGUGGAUAAACAGGGACAUUGAGUCACCAGAUAUUUCUGAUUCAAAGUAUGAAGAUCACAAUGACAUUAUCAGUGUCAUGGAUGAGGAAAUAAGUGCAAAUCUACCUAAAUCAUAUGUGAACAAAGAAAAUAUCACACCUGAGGAGAUUCAUUAUGAGCACAGCAAUGUAGCAGUUCACUCAAGGCAAGGAAAAACACAAAAUGUCACAGAAAACAACAUGUUUCCUUUCCUGUCUGCAUUAUUGCAGGAGCUCAGUUGCUUGCCAGUUCCUCAAGGGAUGCCAAUGUUACCUCAUCAAUUACGCCAAAAUGUUGUGCCGAACUUGUCACAGUUUAAUGCAACCAGAAAGAGGGCAACAGAUGGGAGAACUGGUCAUAAACUUGUACAGGAUUCUGUAAAGCCUGCAUCUACUAUCCGGCCAGAUCAUACUGUGUCUGGAGAUCAUAUUCACAAUCAAAUCGCACAUUCACCAGAACAGAAAGCUGGACAUUUAAGCCACAGGAGCUGUGCUGGGGAUCACCAAAGUGUUCCCAAAAACAAAAGCUGGCUUCGUAAAACGCCUGGGCAAGCUGUUAAAAAGUCAAAAUUAACCUUUGGCAUGACAAAUACACAGAGACUUAGACUAGCAAAAGCUAAUCCCCAAAUGUACAGAGCUUUGGAGCGAGAGAGAGGUGGCAUUCAGGCUGCUCAACAGUCAAGACCACCUCAGGAAGAGUUUGAGGAGGGAAAUCUCUCAGACAUGUCCACAGAAAUUCGCAGGCAUACACUAGAUGAGAUGGCAGAGACAGCAGGAGAUAAUGCCCCCUCCUCUGUGGAGGAUAAUAACCAGCAGAGACAAAGUGGUGAAGCGAACAAGUCCUUGAGGGUAUCCUUCAAUGAAAAUGUGGCGAAAUUCUCCAGCCCAAAUUCACGGAGACGCAAGAAAACAACACAAAGACAAUAUUCACCAGAUAGCACAAGGAGAGAAAGGAAGUUUACACCAUCAACUCAAACCAGAACGAGAAAAGCAACAAAGACUCUUCAGUCUGAACUUAAUGUGAAUAUAAGGGCCAGUAACAGCAAUGAGGAUAACAACCAGGUAACUGACACUGGUACAGAUGACACACCCAGGCAAACCAAGGGCACAGAGGAAAGUGCUCAGCCAGUAAUGGCCAUGAUGCCCGAUCUGCCACAGUAUGUGCCCUAUGAGCCUGAUUCUACUGAUAGUGAAGAACAAGAAUCAUUGAGUCACAGAAGUGGUAAAAGUAUUGAAGUCCGAUUACCCAGUGUUGAGCCAGCCUCUGGCGAGGAGAGCAAUGCGAGUUCUCCAGAGAGACCGGAAAAUGGUGCAAGUAAAAUGAGCAAACUCCAUUCAUUUGCUGGUUUUCCCAAGGACUCUAAUUAUUGGGAUUCCUUAGAAGCAGGCAAAUGGACUGGUGACAGAAGUGAUGACGAUGAGGUAGGAAAUAGCAGUUAUGUCCCUUCAUGGGGUAUGAACAGUGAUGUGGAAAGGCAGCAUCAGUCGUCUGGCCUCUUCAGCUCCACAGGGGACUUGGAUUCUCGACAAUUUCGGUCUACAGAGGAACAGGAGCUAUUAGACCUGCUCAGCGAUAAUGCCGAGGACUCCUCUUACCACUCAGCCCAGGCUGGGGUCUCAGAAGCAGCCUCUGGGAAAACAAAAUCCUCUGACAAGGCCAGUGUUUCCACUGUGCUAAGGAUCCCUGUUCUGAAUCCCUUGUUGUCUGAAUCCUCACCUGUGCCCUCCACAAGACGCUCUGUAGCGAGGGCGGAAUUAAGCACAGCCCCUGCCACGGAUCUCGCUGAGGCCUCUCCCAGCAGCUCCAAGCGUCCCACUCCGAGACCACGCGGUAAGAAAGCUAGAGAACUGGAGAAAAAGGAAUCCAUUCACACAGAAUCUGUUAGUACGUAUAUGCCAUCAGAUGCUGACAAUGUGAACACUUCUCUUGCCAGUGACGCUACUUAUUCUGAAGACUUUCAUAACCUAGGCAGUGAUGAUGACAGUGUAUCACCUCUCCCCCGCUAUAUCCCAUCCACAAAACUUGGCUAUACUAUAUCAUAGCAUGCUCUGUGUUUUUGUCCAGAGUCAAAUGUUAAAUUUUUGUUCAAGCUUGCCACUGGUUGAGAGGAUAGUGUGAUUGUUAUUCACAUGAACUUAUUCAUUUUACAAACUUUUUGCUUCAGUUUGAUUUUGAAUUUCCUUAUAAAUUGAAUCGCUUUUAAUCAAAGACAACAAUAGUUAUGGAAAAUCAGAUUUAUUAAGUUAUUUUAAAGUGGCCCUUGUACUAUUAAUUAAACUGUAUAUUAUUAACCAUAUAUUUUAUUCUUUGUAAUAUUUUAAUCAUAUUAGUGUUAAUAUUUAUUCCCAGUUUAUAUUGGUGAUUGAGAAAUUUAAAUUUUCUAGAAGAAAAUAAUAUCUCUAAAAUUUGCUGGAAAUGAAUGGCAGAUUUCUAGGGAUUUUCAGGUUCAGUCAAUGAGAACAGGAAUUUUCUUAUUUAUUUGUAGCGCUAUCAGGGUAAAUAGUGACAAUUUAAGUAGUAUAAAGUUAUAAUUCUUGUGUUCAAGUUUUUGUAAAGUAUGUGAUUAUCAAUAAUUGAUGUGAAAACAAACUGCAUUCUCAAAAAACUGUUGUAUGUUAAAGGUGAGUUUAUGGAAUAUCAUGCAUCUCUCUCUACUAUUUUGAUGUUGUGGUCAGGUCAGAUGUUCAGUGUUAACUUAAUCCUUCAUACAUGUAAUUACUGUAUUGGUGUCAUAUACCUCAUGUGAUGGAUUACUUUCAUAUGCCUCAUGUGAUGGAUUACUUUCAUAAGCCUCAUGUGAUGGAUUACUUUCAUAUGCCUCAUGUGAUGGAUUACUUUCAUAAGCCUCAUGUGAUGGAUUACUUUCAUAAGCCUCAUGUGAUGGAUUACUUUCAU